GAGCAGCAGCGGUGUCACAUCGACAUCAUGGCGUAGCGAUGCGGUGGAGCUGGGGUUUCCGCUGGUGGGCACGGAGAAGUUCAGAAAUCCUGGAGUUUUAACUUUAUCAUCAGGAAUUAUCCAACAAAACACGACAAAGUUAAUUCCUUCGAGCAAAGUGGUUGAUUGGUGACUGAAGAUGAUGUCCGACGCCAGCGACAUGUUGGCUGCUGCCUUAGAACAGAUGGACGGCAUAAUAGCAGGCUCCAAGGCCUUAGACUACUCCAAUGGGCUGUUUGAUUGUCAGUCACCUACCUCUCCUUUUAUGGGCAACCUGCGGGCCCUUCACCUACUGGAGGACCUGCGCAGCGUGCUGGAGUUAAUGGACACAGAGGAAAGGGAAAGUCUCCGCUGCCAGAUCCCUGACUCCACAGCUGAAAGUCUGGUUGAGUGGCUUCAUGGUAACCUGUCCAAUGGACACAUCUCUGGAGGUGGAGGUGAUCACUACCAGGAAAGACUGUCAAGGUUAGAAGGCGAUAAGGAGUCCCUGGUGCUUCAGGUUAGUGUGCUGACUGACCAGGUGGAGGCGCAGGGAGAGAAGAUCCGGGACCUGGACAUUUGUUUGGAGGAGCACAGAGAUAAACUUAACGCCACAGAGGAGAUGCUGCAGCAGGAGCUCCUGUGCAGAACUUCACUGGAGACGCAGAAAUUGGAACUUAUGUCUGAAGUGUCCAACCUGAAGCUGAAACUCAACACUAUGGAGAAGGAGAGGCUGAACUUUGACAGAUUUAGAGACAGUGAGGAUUUAAUUCUUGAGCUUAAUGAACUGCGGUACAGACUGACGGAAAUGGAGAGUGAAAAGCUACAGUGCGAAAAGAAACUUAAGUCGACAAAGGAGGAGUUGGCCUCCAUGAGGAGGCAGCUGGAGGGCAAAGAUGGUGAAAAGAGGAGGCUACUGGAUGACAUCAGAUUUAAAGCUAAUACCACAAGCGGCUCCAAUGGCCUAGAAAGAGUUUCUCAUCCAGAUGAAACGCUUAGAAAGAGGCUGAAAGAAAAGCAUGUGGAAGUGCAAAGAAUGAAAAAUGCAGUUGAAUCAUUAAUGGCAGCCAAUGAAGAGAAGGAUCGUAAGAUAGAAGAACUAAAACAGUCACUUUUGAGGUACAAGAAAGUUCAAGAAAUGGUUAUGUCGGUACAAGUGAAGAAAGAGAAAACAAAAGACAACGAGCGUGUUGAGAGCCCGAGUGAUGGAUCCAGUCCACUCCUGUCUGGCAGCUCUGGGUCUGUGGAAUCUGAAAAACAAGACAUUGCAGAUGUUGAACAGCUGCAAACAAAGAAGCCAGAUGAGCCAGACAGACUCAGUGGACUGAGUGACGACCCGUCACCCUCUCCCAGCCCUGCUGAUCCAGUACCAGAGCAAGCACAAACAGAAAGCCAAAGCAAUCUAGAGCCGACCAAAGCUGAUGGUCAGAUCCAGUCAGAAGAAAGCAGCAAUGAAAUGUGUACAAAUGAAGAGAGCAGUAAGAUGAGUGAAAAGCCCCCCAUGAAUCCCUCGGCCACCUUGCCUGCCUCCAUUGAUGAUGACAGCUUUGGCUCCAGAAAGGCUCGCUCUUCUUUUGGAAAAGGAUUCUUUAAGAUCCGCGGAGGCAAAAAAUCAUCCAGCAACCCUAACCUGGACCGCAGCAGGAGUGCAAGUGCGCCCAUGUUAGCUGAAACGGAGCAACAGGGCACCGACCAUCUGGACCUUGCCGGGGUCCCACAGAGGUCACCCCACAGUGACAGCACACACACACUCCCUUCGACCCCGGAGAGCAGGACGAAAUCUAAAGGCAUAAAAAAACUAUUUGGGAAGCUUAAGCGGAGCCAGUCGACCACGUUCAACCUUGACGACAACCUCCCAGAGGGAGAGUUCAAGCGGGGCGGAGUACGAGCCACAGCAGGACCCAGACUGGGCUGGUCUCGUGAUUUCCAGCGAGUCAACAAUGAAGUCGACGCUCCAUUUGCACGCUGGUCCAAAGAUCAGGUGUGUGAUUGGCUGCAGGAGCAGGGCCUCGGCCUGUACGUGAACAUGGCCCGCACAUGGAUCUCCUCUGGACAGACACUGCUGCAGGCGUCGCAGCUAGACCUCGAGAGGGAGCUUGGCAUCAAACAGCCGCUGCACAGAAAAAAGCUGCAGCUCUCUCUGCAGGCCCUUGGUUCAGAGCAAGAGGAUAACAAGGGAAAACUGGACUAUAACUGGGUGACAAGAUGGUUAGACGACAUCGGCCUUCCUCAGUAUAAAACCCAGUUUGAUGAAGCCAGAGUGGACGGGCGAAUGCUUCACUAUAUGACUGUGGAUGACCUCCUCUCCCUGAAGGUGGGGAGUGUCCUCCAUCACCUCAGCAUCAAGAGAGCAAUUCAAGUUCUACGAAUCAACAACUACGAACCCAACUGUUUGCGUCGGAGACCAUCAGACGAGAACAACAUUUCACCUGCAGAGAUCUCCCAGUGGACCAACCACAGGGUGAUGGAAUGGCUUCGAUCUGUUGACCUCGCUGAGUACGCUCCUAACCUGAGGGGCAGCGGUGUCCACGGAGGACUAAUGGUUCUGGAGCCCCGGUUCAAUGUGGAGACCAUGGCUCUGCUGCUUAACAUCCCCCCCAACAAGACGCUGCUGCGUCGCCACCUUGCCACACAUUUCAGUCUCCUCAUUGGCUCAGAAGCUCAGCAGCUCAAACAGGAGUGUCUGGAGAACCCAGACUACAUUCUACUUACUGCCACUACUAAAGUCAAGCCAAGGAAACUGUCGUUUGGUAACUUCAGCGGUCUAAGGAAGAAAAAGCAGGAGGAAAAUGAGGAGUAUGUGUGUCCAAUGGACGUAGAGAUGCCAAAAGGACGGAGUUUCCAGAAAGGCUUUGAGCUCCAGAUCUAUGAGGAUGACCUGGACCGGCUGGAGCAGAUGGAGGACUCUGAGGGGACAGUGAGACAGAUCGGGGCUUUCUCAGAGGGAAUUCAGAACCUCACUAGUAUGCUGAAAGAAGAUGAAUUCUUUAAAGAGAUGUCAAACUCUCCAAACCCGAGUGUCACCGAUGAGGAAUCCAAUGCAUGAGACAGUCUGGGUCCGACCCGGUCCUGCUGUGAAUGAAACUCUGGGCCGACCCUCCUCUUCUCACCGUUAACGACCCUUUAUUGCCUUUUAGUGUUAAAGAGCCAAAAGUGUUACAGCUUCCUCCUUCUCUUUGUCAGCGUCUCUGGCCCAUUCGUCACCAUUACUGAUGUCCGAGGGAACAUUUAGGAUAGCACCACUGUUUUCCUACCAGCUGGUCUCUGGAAAUAUUUUAUACUCUGUGGUAUAUAAAGUGUCAACCAGCAAGAAAAUGCCAUGAAAAUACGAUUUUAUAUAUUUUAAUAUAUCAAUUUUAGUUGCCUUCAGAGUUAGAAAAUGAAAGGAAGACGUGGGCUUUGCUGAAACGGACGAAUUCACAGAGGAAAUUUAAUCAAAGUAUGUCUUUAAAAACAAAUUCUGCAGCUGCUACGUUUUCUCUUUCUACACGACUGAACCUUGCUGAUUAAACAACUGUGGUCUGAUAUUUCAUCUUUUUUUAUGAAGAUUUGUAUGCUCAUCAAUUUGCACAUAAACUACAUUAACCAGUCUAAAGAAUAUCCUUGCAUGAUUUCGGAGUUUAACACGUUUGUAUUUUACUUUUUAUCUUGGAAGGAUCUGGGAACCUAUUUAGUUGUUCCUUUGAACAUGUAGUCUGAGAAAAUAUCAUUUCCCUGCAAUAAUUCUGUAAUUCAGCUCUUUAUUCUGUCAUAGGUUAUACAAUUUUAAACGCAGUUCUUGAGAUCAAUAAACUAAUUUAAGUCAGCCUUGUUUCUAUUCUGUUGGACAAUAAAAUACCAACAACUGAAA